AUGGCACUCCAAGGUGUAGAGAGGACUUUAUUAGAGGCAAGUAAAGUUAUUGAAGAGCAAUUAGAUCAGGAAAUAGAACGUUUAGAUCGUCUUGAUGAUGAUGAACUAGAAAAAAAUAAGACAAAAAAAAGAAUAAACCAAAUGAAGGCAGCUGCCACUCAACGUCAAGAAUGGAUGUCUAAAGGUCACGGAAAUUACACUGAAGUUCCUGGCGAAAAAGAAUUUUUUGAUGUGUGUAAAACUAGCAAAAAAGUUGUGUGCCAUUUCUAUCGCGAUUCAACUAUCAGAUGUAAAAUAGUCGAUAAGCACUUAACUAUUCUGGCUCCUCGUCACCUUGAGACACGAUUUGUAAAACUUAACGUUGAAAAACGAGCCCCCUUUUUAUGUGAGAGACUCAAGAUACAUAUUCUCCCAACAAUUGCUGUUGUUCUUGACAAUGUAACAAAAGAUUACAUCAAAGGUUUUGAUGAACUAGGUGCAGACGAUUUCUCUACUGAAAUGUUAGAAUGGAGAUUAGGGUGUGUUGAAGCUUUAAAUUAUGCUGGGAAUCUUCUAGAACCACCAAUAAAUUCAGGUGGCAAGAGUAAAGGGAGUAGUUUCAUGAAACGCCCUCCAGAAAAAACUAUAAGAAGUGGUCAUCUUAGUAGUGACGAUGAAGAUUAG